AUGUGCAGACCUCAGACGGUCCAUGUGCAGACCUCAGACGGACCAUGUGCAGACCUCAGACGGACCAUGUGCAGACCUCAGACGGUCCAUGUGCAGGCCUCAGACGGACCAUGUGCAGACCUCAGACGGACCAUGUGCAGACCUCAGACGGUCCAUGUGCAGGCCUCAGACGGACCAUGUGCAGACCUCAGACGGACCAUGUGCAGACCUCAGACGGACCAUGUGCAGACCUCAGACGGACCAUGUGCAGACCUCAGACGGACCAUAUGCAGACCUCAGACAGACCAUGUGCAGAACUCAGACGGACCAUGUGCAGACCUCAGACAGACCAUGUGCAGAUCUCAGACGGACCAUGUGCAGACCUCAGACGGACCAUGUGCAGACCUCAGAGGGACCAUAUGCAGACCUCAGACGGACCAUAUGCAGACCUCAGACUGA